AUGCCCAUCGACGACAUCGCGACCGUGCUCACGCCGCCAGUUGACGAGCAUGAGAGCAUCCUGGCCGGUCGCUCCACAUGUCCACUGGAGGAACUGCGCAUUCACGCAGCGCACACUGCCAACGCCGCGCCCUCUUCACGCGAUACCCUCAGUGACGAUGGCCCGAUACACGCCCCAGCACAGCAGCCAACGCCGCCUCCUACCGAUGACCCAGCAUCGCCUGCGCGUACACACUCGUCGUCAGAAACGCACCCGAAACCCAUAGAAACGUCUGUCGAAGGCCCUCUCAGAGACAUACCCACACCAAUGAGCACGGUGGACGAUGGUGCUGAAGAACCACGGCACGCGCAUGCCUCACCGCUUUCAGCAACGGCACCAACGACCGCCGCCUGGUCGCAACAGAGAUACCCCACACCGCCGUACUCAGCUCACAGAUUUCUUCCAAACUCCUCGUCAUCGCUGCUUCGCCCCGGCAGUCGCUUCAGAGGAAACCAAACCUCCGAUCGGCAGCAAUACGAGGUAGAAGUCGAGAUCAAAUAUGUAGACAUGCGCGACUCGUUCCUAUGCGGAUAUUUGCGCAUCAAAGGCCUGACGGAAGACCACCCAAGCUUGACCACAUACUUUGAAGGCGAAAUCAUUGGCAGCAAAUAUACCUUCAUUACACAGCAUCCCGAGUGGGGCUCGAAUGAGAAAGUCGACCGGCAACACUGGGGUAGAUUCUCUGCCUACAAGCCGCUCUCCAAAUACUCGUCGCGGCCAGAGUUGGUUUCAAAAGACUGGAUGCAGAAGGAACAUCUCUUCAUGCGCUGGAAGGAGUAUUUUCUGGUUCCGGAUCACCGCGUCAAAACCAUAAACGGGGCGAGCUUUGAGGGGUUCUACUACAUCUGCUUCAACCAGGUCUCUGGCAGCAUCGAAGGAAUAUACUUCCACGCUAAGAGCGAGAAAUUCCAGAAGUUGCAGCUGGAACACGUUGAGGACCAUGGGUGUCAGGGCGCAAUCGAAUUUAGAUGA